AUGACCUUCGAAUACAUUUAUCUUGUGAUUAAAACUCGUAGUUUGAUUCAAAUACAGCCUGUUGUCGAAUAAUUAUACGAAAUACGAUGGAUGAAUCUGAAUUCCCACAUGUUAAUUUCAAGGAUGAAGAAGUCACUGUUCUCAGUGACAAUAAUGGCAACAGCGUGAGUGUCAUUGAAUAUGAUGGAUACUAUCUGUCAAAAAAGGCAAUAGAGAAGGGACAUAUUGCAGACCAUCGAAUUAAUAUACCAAAUAUAAUCAAAAUGCAUAUCAGACCAGACGAUGUAUUCUUGGUAGCUUACCCAAAAGCAGGUACGCACUGGACAUGGGAAGUUACUACCAUGUUGAUGCAGGACGGCAAAGAACAAAAACUAUCCAAAGGAGUAGCAAUGCUUCCAUUUAAACCACCAGAAAAAAUUGACGAGCUCCCGUCACCCAGACUUAUAAAUAGCCAUUGUUAUUUUAAACACUUACCACAAGAAAUACUGCAGAAGAAAAAUAAGAUUAUAUUUGUAAACCGUAAUCCAAAAGAUGUGGCAGUAUCUUUCUACCAUCAUUGCCAACAUACUAUUGAUUAUAAAGGCACAUUUAGUCAGUUUUUAGAUUUCUUCAUGUCGGAAAGAGUUUAUCACUGCGCAUGGUACAAAUACAUGCUGGACUGGGAAAGAGUAUUCAAACAACACCCAGAGCUUCAAGUAUUGUAUGUCAACUAUGAAGAUUUACACAAAGACCCAAUGAGAGAAAUAGAUCGAAUAGCUACCUUUUUGGACGUUCGAAAGUCUGAAGAUUUUUACUGUAAAGUAUUAGAAAAGUGUUCCUUUUCUGAACUUAAACAGUCAUAUAAAAAACGGAACAACCUUCAUUUUAUCUUUAGAAAAGGUGCAGUUGGUGACUGGAAGAAUUGGUUUACUGUAACAGACAACGAAAGAUUUGAGAACUAUUUGAAAGAAAAAUUACCCAAUCCAUUUGUGAAAUUUACUUACUGUAUAUAACUUGUUAUGUUUAUUACAUUUUUGUACGUUAGUAAAUCCAAAUACCGAAGUAACAUAGAAUUGAGACGAUGUGGUAUGAUAGUCAAUGAGACAACUAUCAACCAGAGACCAAAUUUCUCAGAUGUUAGCAAUUAUAAGUCAUCGUACGGCUUUCAACAAUGAUUAAAACGCAUUUAUUAAAAUAACUAUAAAAUAUCAAACACUAAUUCUGAAUUAGUGGAAAUAUAAUGGAUUAACUAUCAUAAAUGUUGUGUAUUAAAUAUUCAUUUCACACGUUUUACUAUCAACAGUGGUCAUUGAUAAUAUAUAUAUAUAUAUAUAAAAGUCUAAAUUGAAAACAACGUUCAAACCUAUAAUUGCGUUGGAUAAAAACCGCAAUUUUUAUAUGUGUGCAUGUAAAACAAAUUUCUUGGUAGAGGGGUCUAAAUACAGCAUAUAUAUAUAUUAACAAGUCUAAAUUGAAAACAACGUUCAAACCUAUGAUUGCGUUGGAUAAAAACCGCAAUUUUUAUACGUGUGCAUGCAAAACAAAUUUCUUGGUAGAGGGGUCUAAAUACAGCACAAACAACAUUUUCCAAAAGACCAAAAAAGUGAAAAAGUACAUUCUAACAGAACGCAUUUGACUAGCAGGUCGAACAACUGAUGUUCUUAAACCCUGCUGACUGCCAUUGGCGAUUGCCAAAUAAAUGGAUAACCAGAUGUAACAAAAUGGAUCUUAUUUAUUAAUUUAAUACCAAACAGAAAACAAUAAACUUGCGGAAAAGAUGGUAAACCGCAAACAAAAGAUGCAAAAAAUUAGUACACCAUAUCCGGAUUUCGACAAUUAAUGUCUCUUCAGCGAUGUUAGGAAUCGAAACGGUAUUUGGAAGGCCAUAUAAUUUACCUCAAUUUAGAAUAGACUCUUGAAUUUUAAAGAGUCGAAAUAGGAUGAACGGAUCAUAUAAACCCGAAGGCAAAUGUAAUACAAGCCAAAACGAAAAAAUAUAAACAAGUCUAAAUUGAAAACAACGUUCAAACCUAUGAUUGCGUUGGAUAAAAACCGCAAUUUUUAUACGUGUGCAUGCAAAACAAAUUUCUUGUUAGAGGAGUCUAAAUACAGCACAAACAACAUUUUCCAAAAGACCAAAAAAGUGAAAAAGUAUAUUUUAACAGAACGCAUUUGACUAGCAGGUCGAACAACUGAUGUUCUUAAACCCUGCUGACUGCCAUUGGCGAUUGCCAAAUAAACGGAUAACCAGAUGUAACAAAA